AUGGCCCCUCUGAAUGUUUGCAUGGUCGGUACUGGCGAGUAUACGACAGGUUUCGUUGGUGGUGGUGCCUCUGGGUCUGACAAGAAGGUUGGUGUCGUUGGUCUGACACUUUUCGACUUGAGACGACGCGGCAAAGUGGGCAACUUGAGCAUGGUGGGGACUUCUGGAAACAAGUUCUCUGCGAUUCGCGAGCACUUGCACAAGAACAUCUCCCAGGUGUACAACGGACUGGACACAUCUUUCGAAUCGUACCCAGCCAAUGACCAACGCGAUCCUGAAGCCUACAAGAAGGCCAUCGACGCUCUCUCACCCGGCGAUGCCAUCACCAUCUUCACUCCUGAUCCGACGCAUUUUCCCAUUGCCAUGUACGCUAUUGAGAGAGGCAUCCACGUCAUGAUCACCAAGCCCGCCGUCAAAUUGCUAUCCGAGCACCAACAACUGCUCGAGGCCAGCAGAAAGCACAAUGUCUUUGUCUACAUCGAGCACCACAAGCGUUUCGAUCCUGCCUACGCAGAUGCGCGCCAUCGCGCUCUCAAAACCUUGGGCGAAUUCAAUUAUUUCUACAGCUACAUGUCACAGCCCAAGUCGCAACUCGAGACCUUCAAGGCAUGGGCUGGCAAGGAAUCUGAUAUUUCCUACUAUCUCAACUCUCACCACAUCGACGUCAAUGAGAGCAUGGUCCCUGAUUACAAGCCGGUAAAGGUCACUGGUAGCGCCAGCAAAGGCAUUGCUACCGAUCUAGGCUGCGUUGAAGAGACUGAGGAUACAAUCACCUUGCUCGUAGACUGGGAGAAGAAAGACGGAAGUGGAAGACGUGCUACUGGUGUCUACACAGCAAGCUGGACAGCACCGCAAAAAGCAGGUGUCCAUAGCAACCAGUACUUCCACUACAUGGCCAGUAAGGGCGAGGUCCGCGUCAACCAAGCCAAGAGAGGCUACGACGUGACCGAGGACGAGUCAGGCCUCACCUGGUACAACCCAUUCUACAUGAAGUACGCUCCUGACGAGUCGGGUGAUUUCGCCGGUCAAGGAGGCUAUGGUUAUAUCUCAUUUGAAAAGUUUGUGGAUGCUAUUACCGCACUCAAGGAUGGGAAAGUGUCUCUAGACGACCUCGACAAGCGUGGUUUGCCGACAUUGAAGAACACUAUUGCUACUGGAGCCAUUCUCGAAGCUGGUAGAAGGAGUUUGGAUGAGAACAGAGCGAUACAAAUUAUCGAGAAAGAUGGUCAAUGGGAGCUGAAGUAG